GCAUUUUCAACUUUCAGAAUCAAUAUAGGCUUUCUUUGUGCUGCUAACCAAACUUUGGAUCCAAGAACAUGGAGAAAUUUCAUCCUUCAACUUCAAAUUCGAAACCAGAAAAAAGAAUUAAGGAGAAAGACAGAAGACAUCGCUUCAAGAAUCUCUAUUCUCAGCUUUACUCUCUUCUUCCAAGUGACAGCUCCAAGGAAGUUUUGCCAGUGCCUGACAAGAUAGGCGAGGCGAUAAAUUACAUCAAGAGCAUGGAGAGAAAGCUGGAGAAUUACAAGCAGAUGAAGGAGAAGUUGCUGUGCGGAAGAAGACGAUAUUCAUCUAUCAAGAGCUCAGAGUUGAUGAAUGUUGAAGUGCAUGAUAUGGGACCUGAUACGGAUAUGAUUUUGAUAAGUGGACUGAAAGAACCAGCUUCAUUUUAUGGCAAAAUUCGCCUGCUUCACGAAGAAGGUUUUGAGGUUGUCAAUGCUAACUUUUCCAACAAUGGAAACUCGAUGCUUCAAGUAGUUCAUGAGAAGGGUGGAAUAUCAACAUCCAGCACUGAAACUACAGAAAUUGCCAAGAGGAAGAGGUUAAAAGAACUGAUCUAUGGCUAUUCACAUGGCGAAGAGGAAUCAACACUAGAUUUGUGGGAUUUUGAAGUUGAACCUGAUCUCUUGGAUUCUGGCUUUCUUGGACCAUUGCCAGCAGGACAGUUUUCUUUUCUGCAGCAAAAUUAAAGUCCUGCACCUUCAGGGAGAACUUUCCGUAAGAAAUUAAACAGUGAUGCUCCAGUUUCCAUAAGGGAAUCUCAGAUUAUAUUUACACCUUUACCUCUAUGCAGUGCAACCAGUAUUUGGAGGACAGAGUAAGGUAUAAUUGCAACCUCAAAGCUUUUGACAUGUAGGCAAAAUGGUGGCAUUCGAUUUUGACAUGAUGAAUCAUAUCUAAGUUGGACUUUGGUGGUUAUAUGAGAUGACAAGAUUACAAACCCUGAUUUGUUGGUCCAAGACUAAAGUAAGGAAAAGGUGAGCAUAAAGCAGUGAAUGAGUCCUAUGUUGGUUUAUGUUUGCGCACUUCAUAAAUUAAGUCUUUCCUCAAUUUUACGCAUGAUCAUUCAUCAUAGUGAUAUGGUUCUGCGAAAAUCUACAUGCAUCAAGAUUCAGAAGUGGAGUACAGUGAUUAGUUCGUGUAAGAUUAUUUUUCAAAAAUUUCAAAUCACAGCUCCAGCUGAAUUUGACGAGAUCAUUUACAUGUAUUUGUGCUUGUAAUUAACACUUGUUUCCUGCC